AUGUCACCAGAGCUCACCCCAUUGGCUUCAGCUCUAGCAGGUGCUCUCGGAGCCGUCUUCUCCAAUGCACUCGUUUACCCCCUCGACACCAUCAAAACCCGUCUUCAAGCCCUUCCUCCUCAACCGAAACCUUUCUCCUCUUCCACUGAAGACACAGUACGACAUGAUGCCCAUGGUGUCAUACGAAGAUUAUCAAAACGAUUGAAAAGAUGGCAACUUCUUCAAAUGCUUAUACAGGUGAUUGGGACGGAAGGUAUCGGAGGUGUUUUUAAAGGUUUCUCAGCCAAUAUGAUCAAUACUUUUUCUCAACAAUUCGCUUACUUCUUCUUUCAUACUUUUCUCCGUUCAUGGACUCUACGAAAACUUCGAUCUUCACCUACCUCUCACUCUCAUCCUCCAACCCUAGGUACCUCUUCCGAAUUACUAAUCGGAGCUGCAGCAGGAGCAUUAGCUCAAAUAUUUACGAUACCCGUAGCUGUUAUUGCUACUCGACAACAACUUUGGACACCACCUCUUACGAAUCCUUCAAGAUCUAUCAGCACAAACAAUUCCUCACCUCUCACAACUACUUCAUCUCCCAACCAAGAAACCGAAACCCCUUCAUUACUUGAACAUGAGAAAGAAGCUUCUUUCUCCUCAGAUACAAGUUUAUUCCAAGUGGCUCAAGAAAUAAUAGCAGAAGGUGGUUUUACAGCUUUGUGGACAGGUCUUAGACCAGGUCUCGUCCUCACUGUCAACCCAGCUAUCACUUACGGAGUAUUUGAGAGAUUAAAAACUUAUCUACUUUCUGCCAAACCUAGAGAGGGAGAGGGAGGAAAAUUGAACGUUGGUGAGGCUUUUUGGUUAGGAGUGGGAAGUAAAACAUUAGCGACGGUGGUGACUUAUCCAUAUAUCUUUGCAAAAGUCAAAUUACAAGCUCAAACUUCUAAAGGAGAUUUGACCAUAUCUACUCCCAAACGCGACACCGACCCUUCCGACAUCAUCUCCGAGACGAAAGUUACUUUCACGAACAAAUCUAGAACUCCCGCGAGUGUCCAUAAAUCCACAGGAGCUUUAGACAUUCUACGACAUGUAUAUAAGAAAGAAGGGAUGAAAGGGUGGUAUCGAGGUCUAGGAGCGCAAAUCCUUAAAGCAGUCUUAUGUCAAGGUAUACUGUUCGUUUCCAAAGAUCAAUUCGAGGUUUACGCAAUUAUGAUACUCGCUCUUCUUUCACGUCUCAAAAACCGGAUUGUUAUCAAAUAG